AUGAUGAGAAAGACAGAGAAGGUGUUUAAAGCUCCAAAGAUGCUCCUGAAGUGGUUCUAUUCCGCUUCUUUUGCUCUAUUCUUCAUCCUUCUUUUGGCCUUCAAUGUCAUCACCCCUAUUGAUACCAUUGUUCAAAGUAAAGUGGCCAAUAAUUUGGCAUUUAACGCAAUAGUUAUCAUAAUGUCCUGUGUUGUGUUUGCUGUUUUUUCAUUAAUUGCCUAUUCGACUAGAAUUUUCGUUUUAAGGGUACACAUUCAAGAUAUCCCAAAGAAGUAUAUCCCUACGCACGACAAAGAUCUACCAGUCGUGGCACUCAGAGAGAUAAGAAAAGCAUUCAAAGAGAGUGAAACCAUACGAAACAAUAGUUUACCUAAUCAAGACAUCCAGCACCCAGGAAUGUUCUACCGAAAGGAAGAUUCUUCAAACACCCAAAUGGGGCUGUUGAAUGGACUGAUUUACGAGGAUAUAAUCAAUACGUUUGGUGCUCGGGUGAGAGAGGGGGGAUUCAUGCUAUUAGAUAGCGAGACGAAAAAGAGAUUUGGGGAUAAGUUGACACUGCGGGAAUAUAUUCAUCAAAUGAAAGUACAUCAUUUACUGCCGCCUACAUCGGAGGCAAGCACCAAGACUUUCAUUGACCAUUAUGAAAAGUUGCGCUUUAGUGGAAAAACAAUCUCGGAACGUGACUUUUUCAUGUUUUUGAAUUUUUUUGGAGAACAUACAAUGGAUUCAUUUGCCUCUUAA